AUGAUUUAUUCUCUUGCAACUCCAAAUGACCCUGGCUUUAAAUAUCUUUACUUUUUUCAAACUGAAUACCAUGGAAAAAUAGCUGGUAUUCUUAAAGAAGGUCCAACUGUUUAUGAAGUUGUCUUUUUUGCUGUUCAAAACUUGAACAGUUUGGCUACUCAUAAAGUAAAACCAACAAGACUAGAUGAACCAAAAUGCUUUAAUAUUGAAAGUAAAGAAGAUACAUGGCUAGAUCCAGACCCAGAAGAAGAAAUAAAAUGGUUUAGUGUUAAAUCUUGUCUAUUUUUUAUAGGCAAAACAGAAAAUGGAUUUACACAAUAUAGAUUUAUAUAA